CUGAUAGUUUUGACACUCCCUUCGCUGCAGUCUUUGUUUGUUUCUCGAGAAACCAAAAGGAAAGAAAUAGAAAAAACAAGCAUGGCGAUUCGAGCCACAGUGUCCCGAUUUCCACUCGAUAGAGACGCACAGGAAACGUCAGGGCUGCCAUGGGGAGUAACAGUAACUCCAUUCGCCUCAAAGGAUGAAAAUGGACAGCCACCAGUAUACGGAUCUGAAGGUCAUUUAUUACCGCGAUGUGAAAAUUGCUUCGCUUAUUUCAAUACGUAUUGCGAGCUAGAUCAGUGGGCGUGGUCAUGCGCUCUCUGUGGAACCCUAAAUGGACUCUCAUCUCGUGCCAUUGCUCGUUACUCUCAUCCUCAAUCUUGUGCUGAAAUGAUGUCUUCUUUUAUUGAUCUCGAGUUGUCUGUUGAAGGUUCAGAUGAAGAAAUUAUGCAAGCACGUCCUGUUUAUGUCUCCGCCGUUGAUUUGUCAUCUUCAGAAGAAUUUUUGGAGCUUACAAAAAGUGCACUGCAAGCGGCAUUGGAAGCUUUACCUCCUGGUGCUUUGUUCGGGCUUGCAACCUUCAGUCACAAAAUUGGAUUGUAUGAUAUUCAAGGGCCUAUUCCAGUUGUAAAGAAUGUCUUUAUUCCUCCUGAUGCAGAGGGCACUCUACCAAUUGAGCUUGAAGAUAUCAUGCCUUUAUUACAAUUCUUGGCCCCUGUGGACACUUAUAAGGACCAUAUCACUGCUGCACUUGAUACGCUAAGACCAACAACUUCAUGGGAAAGAACCACAGGUGCAGGUCAAAGUAUUGACGGGGUUCUGAUGGGUGGGCGAGGAUUUGGUGUAGCAAUGGAAGCCCUAUUUAAGUACCUUGGAUCAGAGUAUGGAAACACAUUUGCUCUAGCUAGAGUCUUUGCCUUUAUAUCCGGUCCUCCUGAUUAUGGAGCUGGGCAGCUAGACACAAGGAGGUAUGGUGAACAGUAUGCUAGUAAAGGUGAGGAUGCAGACAGGGCUUUACUUCCAGAGCAGACACCGUUUUACAAAGAUCUGGCUGCUGUCGCUGUUCAAGCAGGUGUUUGUGUGGAUAUAUUUGCUGUUACAAAUGAGUAUACAGAUUUAGCAUCCCUUAAGUUUCUUAGUAUUGAUAGUGGAGGGUCAUUAUUCCUAUAUUCAAACACUGAUGACUCGACACUUCCUCAGGACAUCUAUCGGAUGUUAAGUCGACCAUAUGCUUUUGGUUGUAUACUUCGUAUGAGGACCUCUUCUGAAUUUAAGCCUGGUCAUUCUUAUGGUCAUUUCUUCCCAGAUCCACAGUAUGAAAAUGUUCAACACAUUAUUUGUUGUGAUUCCUUUGCAACAUAUGCAUAUGACUUUGAUUUUGCAAAUACAGAUGGAUUUUCCAGAUAUGCAUCGGAACAUCCUGUACUACAGAUUGCAUUUCAGUAUACAGUUGUCGUGCCCCCCGAAGAGCUUGCGAGCUCAGAAUUGGUUUCUGCAAGUAGAGGCAAGCAUUCCCUUAAGCGGCGAUUAAGGAUCCGAACUGUGCAAUAUGGAGCUGCUCGCAAUAUUCAUGAAAUCUACGACAAUGUUGAUCCUGAAGCUGUUCUAUCAGUACUUGUUCACAAGGUUAUAUUAGCCUCUUUAGAGGAAGGGGUUCGAGAGGGCAGGAUGUUGCUUCACGAUUGGCUUGUUAUCCUCACCGCCCAGUAUAAUGACACCUAUAACGUUGUUCAGUUUAAGAAUGGAAGUUCAGUAACUGGUCAGAUUGAUGUUGCAUUCUCACAGUGCCCACAGUUGCAGCCCCUACCACGCUUAGUUUUUGCUUUGCUUAGAAAUCCUCUUCUCCGCUUUCAUGAAGAAGGUGUUCAUCCUGACUACCGGAUUUUCCUGCAAUGUCUUUUCAGUGCGCUGGAACCAAGCUCCCUUCAUCGGGCUAUAUAUCCAGUAUUAAUGUCAUAUUCUACGCCAGAUAAACAAGCAUAUCCUCGUCACUCUCUGAGUCGUGCUGCUCUAAUUACUAGUGGUAGUCCAAUAUUUUUCCUUGAUGCCUUCACAAUGCUGAUUGUGUUCUACUCUUCUACAGCAGAUCCCACCCUUCCUUUCCCUCCACCGCAGGAUUGUUUACUGAGAAAUACAAUUAACAAAUUGAAGCAAGACCGAAGCAUCACUCCGAAACUGAUUUUUAUUCGGGGAGGACAUGACGAUGCCUCUGCCUUUGAGAGUUACCUCAUUGAGGAACAAGAUGUUGAUGGAAGUGGCUUCACUAGUGUGAUGGGAUUUGUUUCUUUCCUUGAAGAGAUCACCCAAAGUGUUAUGGAAUACAUGAAAUGAGCUACUAGAAACCUAACCAAAAUCAGUCAUUGAAAGCGCUUAAACUGGGUAACGAAUUCUUAAUGUAUUCAUAUCCAUACCGACAAAGCAUUACUGCGUUUGGCCAAAUGAAAUUUGAAAUUUUGUAGCAUUGGAAUCUAGUGGUUAUUAAAUCAGUGUACAUGAGUCGGUUGGAAAGUCUCUCCCCAGAUUAUACACAGGCAGAUUAGAUGUAGGAAGAUAGUUAAUUUUUUUUAAUAUACAAGGUCGCACAAUUGUGCCUUUGAUUACAACGUUGAUAAAGUUAGUUUCAGAGUCCUAGUUCAGUGAAUCAAAUUGUUUCCUCCUAAUUUUCAUUUUCAAACCUGAUUGAAUUGCUCAAGAAUUGUGUGAUGGGGGAUGUAAUGUUGUUCACAAUUGUGCAAGUGUAUCUUUUAUUUGAGAGUUCAAUAAUUAUUUCUAUGUCGCUCUUGUUUAUCAAA